AUGUCAAAAGUUUUAGCAAUUUUAUUCAAAGGUGGUGAAUUCAAUACACCAAAAUUAUUAGGAUCAGCUGAAAAUGCCCUUGGUUUGAAAAAAUUCAUUGAAGAGAAUGGUCGUUCAAUUUUUUCCACUUCUGAUAAAGGUUCCACGAUUGAUGAACAUAUUAAAGAUGCAGAGAUUGUUAUUUCAACACCUUUUAAUCCAGUUUAUAUAACAAAAGAACGUAUUGAAUCUGCUAAAAAUUUAAAAUUAUUAGUCACUGCAGGUGUUGGAUCUGAUCAUAUUGAUUUAGAUUAUAUUGAAAAAUCUGGUCGUGAUAUUUCAGUUUUGGAAGUUACAGGUUCAAAUACAACAAGUGUUGCAGAACAUGCACUUUUAACAAUCUUGUCAUUGAUUAAAAAUUUCAUUCCAGCUCAUGAAAGUAUUAAAGAAGGGAAAUGGGAUAUUGCAAGAAUUGCAAGAGAUGCUUAUGAUUUAGAAGGUAAAACCGUGGGGACUAUUGGUUGCGGAAGAAUUGGUUAUAAAGUUUUGGAAAGAUUAUAUCCUUUUAAACCAAAAGAGUUGUUAUAUUAUGAUUAUCAAGGUUUAACACCUGAAUUGGAGCAAAAAGUUGGAGCUAAAAGGGUUGAUAGUAUUGAAGAAUUGGUUUCAAAAUGUGAUGUUGUUAAUAUUAGUGCACCAUUACAUUCUGGUACAAAAGGAUUAAUUAACAAGCAAUUAUUAUCCAAAUUUAAAGAUGGUGCUUAUUUAGUUAAUACAGCUCGUGGUGCAAUUUGUGUUCCUGAAGAUGUUGCAGAAGCUUUGAAAAAUGGUAAAUUAAGAGGUUAUGGUGGUGAUGUUUGGUAUCCUCAACCUCCUCCAGCUGAUCAUCCAUGGAGAACUAUGGCUAAUAAGUAUGGAGAUGGUAAUGCAAUGACACCACAUAUUUCAGGGUCUAAUUUGGAUGCUCAAGCACGUUAUUCGUUGGGUGUUAAAGACAUUUUAACUAGUUAUUUCAGUGGAAAAUUUGACUAUAGACCUCAAGAUAUUAUCUUGUUACAUGGUGAGUAUGCCACCAAGGCCUAUGGAGCUGAUAAGAAGGUUAAGUUGGCUAAAUAA